AUGCCUUAUUAUAACUAUAAGGUAUAAAUACUAAGCCUUUAACUAGAAGUUAUAAUAAUUUAAAGAGUAUAAGUAGUAGUAGUUUUAGCAGCACUAUAGUUAUAAUACACUUAUACUUUAUAAUAUAUAUUCUUUAUUUAAUUAUACUAGGACUAGCUAAGCCUAUAUUAAAACAGCAGGCUAAGCCUACUUAUAAAGAAAUGCAGCAGGCUAGGCCUGCUACUAAAGCAGAUAUGCAGUAUAUAGAUUUUUAAUAAGCUUUAAAAUAUAAGAUACUUAUACUAGUAACCCUUAAAAAGUCAUUACCGUUUAAGGAGAUAUUAGUAUCUGCUAGUGCUGCCUCUGCUGCUGUCUCUGCUGCCUCUACUGCCUCUGCUGCCUCUGCUGCCUCUACUGCCUCUGCUGCCUCUGCUGCCUCUACUGCCUCUGCUGCCUCUGCUGCCUCUGCUGCCUCUGCUGCCUCUGCUGCCUCUGCUGCCUCUGCUGCCUCUGCUGCCUCUGCUGCCUCUGCUGCCUCUGCUGCCUCUGCUGCCUCUGCUGCCUCUGCUGCCUCUGCUGCCUCUGCUGCCUCUGCUGCCUCUGCUGCCUCUGCUGCCUCUGCUGCCUCUGCUGCCUCUGCUGCUGCUGUAGCCACCUCCUUGGUGUGCAGUGAUAGACUUAACAAGAUAUGCUAUAGUUUUAUGCAUAGGCGUAAGAUUAGCGGCGGCACAUAUUAUCAUCCUAGGACUAAGGAGGCGGCUGCAGCAGCAGCAGAGGCAGCAGCAGAGGCAGCAGCAGAGGCAGCAGCAGCAGAUAGGUGUAGGAUACUCUACCUAGGGG